AUGACAACAGACAAACACAUGGAAAGACGCAACCACACCCCAGUGUCUGAGUUUAUUUUGCUGGGACUCACAGAGUCUCGAGAUUUACAGAUCUUAUUUUUCAUAUUUUUUUCCAUUGUCUACAUAGCCAUUGUUUUAGGGAACCUCAUCAUUAUCUUUGUAGUAAAAUUGGACCCUCAACUGCACUCUCCCAUGUACUUUCUACUUGGUAACCUCUCCUUUAUUGAUAUGUCAUUGGCCUCUUUUGCUACUCCUAAGAUGAUCUGUGACUUACUUAGUGAAUAUAAGGCCAUAUCUUAUGAUGGCUGCAUGACCCAGAUGUUUUUCCUUCACCUUUUAGGUGGAAGUGAGAUGAUGUUGCUUGUAGCCAUGGCAAUUGAUAGAUACGUUGCCAUAUGCAAACCUCUCCAUUACAAAACUAUCAUGAGCCGUCGUGUUUGCAUUGGGCUUGCAGUGUUCUCCUGGACCACUGGUCUUGUGCACACGAUGAGUCAAAUGGUUUUCACUGUGACUUUACCAUUCUGUGGACCCAAUGUCGUGGACAGCUUUUUUUGUGAUCUACCUCGGGUCAUCAAACUUGCUUGCACUGACACUUACGUCUUGGAGCUUUUGGUCAUUGCCGACAGUGGAGUGCUCUCUUUGUUCUGUUUCAUCUUUCUGCUCAUCUCCUAUAGCAUCAUCCUGAUUAACGUCCAGCAUCGCUCCUCCAGUGGGUCUUCUAAGGCCCUGUCCACUCUUUCAGCCCACAUCACAGUAGUGGUACUCUUCUUCGGACCUUGUAUCUUCAUCUACGUGUGGCCAUUCAGCAGUAUUUCCAUAGACAAGGUCCUGUCUGUGUUUUAUACAAUUUUUACACCCCUUUUAAAUCCAAUCAUCUACACAUUCAGAAAUAAAGACAUGAAAAAAGCAAUUAAAAAGAUAAAGGGUAAGCAUGUAAGUUCCAGAUCAACUUUUUGA